GUGUGUGUAAGAUGCAGCAUUAAGUACCGCAGGACCCAGGCCUUGUUCUGGACCUUGUCAGGACUUCAUCGGUUCUAACUUCCAGUUUUUAGACAAACAGUUCCUGUUGACGCCACUCUGUUCCUGAGCUCCUCGUCACCAGAACUCUUUCAUCAGUGGAACUGUUUCUGGACCAGUGUGAUGUUCACGGGCAGAAUUAGUCUGUGACUCCUGAGCAGUACCAACAUUAGAACUGUUUUUAUUUGGUUCUAGUCACCGACAGUACCUGGUGAAGUGACCAUUUUCUGGUACUGGUCCAAACAACACCAGGGUCCCCUGGUAUUCGGUACUGGACCUACAACCUGUCCUUGUGACAGCGAGCACCGACUGCUUCGUGCCUCCUUUAGUCCCCGGUACUAACUCCAGCAGCAGGAGGAGGAGGAGGAGGAGGAGGAGGAGGAGGAGGAGGGCGAGCUAACGCUGCAGCGCCGCUGUCUCGGGUCUCGGCCUUUUUGACGCCCACACACACAUGAUUCUCCGACGUCACUUCCACGGUCUUUGUGAGGAUCGUCUGAAGAACCUUCAAAUCAGCUGAAGACAAACUUGAGAUCCACCAGCACUUUAGCCCAGAAGAAUGUCCAAGGACCCCUCUGCUGUUGGUUUAACUGGACAGAAGAGCGGCGCACAACACCAACGGAAACAUGUUUACAAACUGAGCUAAUGUUAGUCACCGUUUUAUUUCCACUUCCUACCCACUGUUUCCAGCCCGGCCCCACAGACAGUCUGUUUAGGCAAUGGAAGGACACUUCCUGUUUCUGUAAACUUGUCCACACUCCCCCAAGAUUCAACUGUCAUGCCUAGUAGACUUGAGAACUGGUAACCCUCCAGCAUCUGUCCAACCACCCUCUCCGUCCAACAUCUGGGACCAACACAAGGUCUUUGUGGAAAUGGAGGCCCAUGAAUCCACUCCCCCAAGGCACAAACUGUCCAACAGGGAAACAGUGAAGGAAAAAGUCACUCUGCAAAGGAAGUGGGAGUCCGAGCCCUCUGCGUCCACUAAAAGGGGCACAUUUUCUGAACCACCAGUAAGACACCGCGAAAGUUUACCCUGCGGAGCCAGUGUGGGACUAGCACCUCAGCAGAAGUAUGCAACUACAGGAAAUUCUGGAAAGCUGCUGUCUGGACCCUCUGCCGUUGGGGACAUGGGAGGCCUGCACCCUCAAGAUUCCCAAGGACACUUUGCUCAGGGGUUCCCAAGAGGAUACACCUACCUGGAUCAGCCAUACCCCCAGCACCCUCAAUCUGAACAACUCCUCUCAGGAGCCAAACCGCAGCCAGGCCUGGAGCCUCACGCCUGGCCUUUUGCGGGACAGUUACCCUCUGAUGACCUUUACCCUGUAGGACACCCAGGACAUACACACCCUCAUGGAGCUGGCACUGGGAGGUUUCCACAUCAGAAGUCCCCCAGUUUACCCAGUUCUUUUGGACAGUAUUCCCAGUCAGUCCCCGAGUCUUUAGACGAAGGAUACAGCAAAAAGGAGCAGAAGCCAAAAAAGCCCGGUAAGUACAUCUGUCACUACUGUGGCCGAGCUUGUGCUAAACCCAGUGUUCUGAAGAAGCACAUCCGCUCACACACUGGAGAAAGACCAUAUCCUUGUGUACCCUGUGGGUUUUCCUUUAAAACCAAGAGCAACCUUUACAAGCAUCGCAAAUCUCACGCUCAUGCCAUCAAGGCAGGACUCGUACCAUUUUCAGAGCUAGCUGCAGCCCGCGCUGGGGACACGGACCAGGUGUCACCCGUAGGUGAAGCUGAAGUUCACUCAGACGGAGAGCAGAGCACUGACACUGAUGAGGAAGGUGUCGACGGUUCUACCAUGCUGACGGACAAAGACCGCUCCAUUCCUCAGAUCUCCUUCAAGGCCGACAAACAUACAGGUGGUUUUGAACCAGCAUAUGCGGACUCUGCUGAGGAGCUACCAAUGGGAAACAUCAAAGUGCCUAUCCUAAUUGUUCCUAAGUCUGGAGGAGAUCCGUCCACAGGCCUGGACCGUCCACCCUUUCAGGACAUGAAAGUAUCCCAUCCACAUCACAUGCUGUCAUCACAGCUUGGCAGGAGAUCACAUUCUCUGGAGGAUUCCCCCUCCUUAAAGCAAGGUUUGGCACGGAAGCCGAAUGUUAAGAAAGGCCAGGACAUCGACGGUGCCGUCACCCAGUCGCUCAACUUUCUGAGUCCUCACAGCAAAGGCAGCACGGACUCUGGCUACUUCUCACGUUCAGAGAGCGCAGAGCAGCAAAUCAGCCCUCCAAAUACUAAUGUCAAGACGUAUGAAGAGAUCAUGUUUGGUCGGACUUACUAUCCCCCAAACACCAGACCUAGACAGUCCAUGGCAGUAGGAAUGGCAGGUGCUAACCCAGCCAGCCUGGCUAAUUUAAAGCAAUCUGGUGCAGUUCUGGACGGCAAAAUGACUAAAGAUCAUUUGUGUUUUAAAGGGGAUGUCGGAGUCUCUGGAGAUCCCAAACAGUACCCAACCGGUCCCUGCCAAAGCAGUACAGGGCUGUUGGAGCCUCCCUCAGAAUCUGGACACCUAAUUCGGAGUAACUCCAUGCCAACCUCCUGCCCUCCUAACCUGAGCGUACCCCCAAGUAUUCGGGGCAGUCACUCCUUCGAUGAGAUGAUGUCAUCGGAUGAUGUGUUCUACCCACAAGGGCUUCGUAAAAGCCUGAUCAGACAGGCAGCCUUUGAACAAGCUGCAGAGGCCCAUGUCGGGGAGACAGAGAUCUAUGGACACUUCCCUAAGAGUUUAACUUCAUCUCUGGUCAUGAAAAUUGGUGAACGUGGUCCAGGACUCCCAGAGAACAUGGCUUUCAGUUCAUAUGGUACUAAGAUUAGUAUGUCAGAACAAGCCAGGAGAAAAAGGCACAUAGAAAACAGUGAAGGUGAUGAGGAGGACUGUCCUGGACUCUACGACAGCAGCUGUAGUGGGUCAGUGGAGAUGACAGGAGACUUCGAGUUCAAACAAAGUAGUCUAGACGGAUCCAGAGGCACCCCAACAGGAAAGGGCUCGUUCAGUGCUCAUAGCCAAUCAGACAGCUUUGACACUUGUGCCAGUAUGUGCUCUGAGGAUAUCUCGUUGUUUCCCGACUCUGAGGGCAGGAAGGCAGCUGGGAAUGUCAUAUCAGUAAUCCAACACACCAACUCACUCAGCCGACCAAAUUCCUUCGAGAAAUCGGAAUCCUUUGAGCAACCAGGACAUCAGUCUUUAGAUAAAGGUUUCCCCAGUCAGUAUUCAGAGCAGUCUGACACAGAAAUCUACGAAGACGCCCUAAGUCCUGAGUCUGCCCUAAUGAGGACAGAGAGCAUGGAGCAACCGCUGCAAAGUGACAGCGACUUGGCGUCCUUGUCAUCCUCAUCUGCAGCUCCGUCGCCAGGUCAGCCAUACAACAAUCCGCACAAGCUGGUACGACAGCCCAACAUUCAGGUUCCUGAGAUAAGGGUGACAGAGGAGCCAGACAAGCCUGAGAAAGAUGCAGAAGUUCCAUCAACUAAGGAGGUGGACAAACACCACCAUCAUCAUCAGCAGCAGCAGCAGCAGCAGCACGGUGAGGAGUUUCAGCUGCCACAGAGAAGUGACACACUCUCCCAGAUGCCCUCAGAAAAGCUGCCCCCCAAGAAGAAGAGGCUGCGCUUGACGGACAUGGAACAUUCAUCUGGGGAAUCCAGCUUCGAGUCCACCUGCACAAGUCUUUCUCGUAGUCCCAGUCAAGAGAGCAACCUGUCCCACUCCUCUUCUUUCUCCAUGUCCUUCGAUAGAGAUGAAGGCCUCAAGUCCCUCUCACCUACCAAACAGGAUGAAUUCUCAACUUCUGGUGGUGGGACUAAGCAGUCUGAGUUUCUGACAGUGCCUGGCAGUGGUCAUUCCAGCCAUCACCACCAGAGAGAGAUGAGGAGAUCUUCAUCGGAGCAGGCACCAUGCACUUUACCUCUGGAGCUUCCAGAAAUGCGCAGCAAAUCUUUUGAUUAUGGAAGUUUGUCCCCCUCUAGACAAGGGGAGGUUUACUCCAGUGUCUCUGCAAAGAAGGAGCGCCGGCGUGGAUACCUUGUCCGACAGGUUUCACUGAGUGUUUAUUCCGAGGUGGUCACUCCUGAGCAAAGCGUUGAGAUGUUGGUCAAACAGGAGGCUCCAGACCAUGGGGCGUGGUCCGGACCAACCGGAUCUCCCCACAUGAGCAGUGACGUUUCCAGCAGAACCAAGAGAGCUGGCAGUAGCUCCGGACUUCAGCGCCACCACCAGCAACAUCUUCAACAGAGUAUGAGUGAAGACAGCCUGCAGGAUGAACCGCUUUACUGCAGAUCUCCACAGUACCGCCUGCAGCCCCAAGGAUCGUCAUCUGAGUCUGAAAAUCCUGCUCAUGAGAUCUCAAAUAAGGAUGUUAUCCAGCCAUACCUGGGGGGCUCCACCUUCCUCUCCUACCAGCAAGCAGCAGGCCUGUUCUGGAGCCAAGAAUGUGGACAAACAACAAGACAGCAGCCGACCCAGGGCCAAGGUCAGAAACUUCAAAUGAGAUCUCCAGGAACCCUGGUUGGACACUCACCAAACAAGAAACAGCCACUUCAUGCCAUAAAGCAAACACACGAUCAACAGUUACACGAUGGAAAAUCUGAAAAUGUAAGCUCUCAGAUGUUCAGCCCUGUGCUGCUGCUGCAGCAGCAGCAGCAGCACAACCUGUCCCUGCCAGGUGUCUCCAGUACCAUGAACCUACAGCAGCUUCAACCAGGCAUGCUGGUUCCUGUGAGGAUCCAAACCCACGUGCCAACCUUUGGUAGUGCUAUGUACACCAGUGUUAGCCAGCUGAUAGUGAACCAGGGCAGUGGAGGGAGGGGGGUAGGCUUAGCCUUUUCUGGCAGCAACAUGUCUCCGAUGACUGGUGCCACCAAACCCUCGAGAGGUAAAAGUGGGUCAGGUUUCAACCUGUCACUGUUCCUGGGACAGACAGACGGUUCAGCGCUGCGUUACCCACCGUGCAAUGACUCGGAGUCACUGCCGCAGCAACAGUUGAAAACUGGGAUCCCACUGUCACUAACAUCAGGAACCAUAUCCACCACUGAUGCAUCGGGGUCUAGCGUGGGGGGGGGUAAACGCAUGCUCUCCCCCACCAGUUCUCUGGAGCUUUUCAUUGAGACCAAGCAGCAGAAAAGAGUGAAGGAGGAGAGGAUGUACGGACAGAUUCUGAAGGAGAUGAGUGCUGUGGAACUGAGUGGAACCGAGAGGAGCGGUAAACAUGAGAAAGGGUGUGGCAAAGGUCGGCAAGACCAGACCAAGAGUGACGGCUCUAAGGAUGACAACGCUGCAACCAGGAUUACCAUUCCCGUCCGCUCCUCAGCCCCCCAACCUCCUGACGUACCCUGUGCCGAGAGCUUCACCCCUCCUCUCCAGAUCGUCACUGAUCGUUGCCCCUCCGGUGGGCGGGACUCACCAGAGGAGCUUGAAGUGGAUGAUUCAGGUCCGGAGCCUUGUUCCAGUCCCCAGUCCAUGAUCUCCUCAGACAAUGCAGAAGAUGGUGACAACACAAAGCAACGUGCACCUGGUCAAACCCCCGUCAGACCCGACGUGGUCGAUGUGUCGCAGUAUUUCCAGUUCCCCAGCUUGCGCACAAUAAGCAGAGUGAGCUGGUGUUUCCUGAAAUACACAAAACCCAACAGCUCACCGGCUGGUCUGCACAGCUCCGUCUACAGCUCCUGGUCCAUCAACUCCUACAAUCCCAACCCUCUGAACCUCAGCACCAAGACUUCACUGGCUCUGCUCAGGUCCAAACAGAGGAGAAACACAGAUCUGGUCUACACCACAGCAGUCUUGUCACCGCCCAGCUCUGGAAAACUGGUGUCGUCUGUGGCCUGGAAGCUGAAGUUCGACCAGUUAAAGCCGGAGCUGAUGCCGGUGGAAUUUGGGAGGAAGAUGAAGGGGGUGGUGUCGUGGGAUCACUCGAAGGAGGAGCAGGAGCAGCAGAAGGAGGUCCCAGUCAAACAACCUGUCAAUGAACCGACACGCAUAAAAAUCUUCGAAGGCGGGUACAAGUCCAACGAAGACUACGUUUACGUCCGCGGUCGCGGUCGAGGGAAGUACAUCUGCGAGGAGUGUGGAAUCCGCUGUAAGAAGCCCAGCAUGUUGAAGAAACACAUCAGAACCCACACCGACGUGAGGCCCUACGUCUGCAAGUUCUGCAACUUCGCCUUCAAGACAAAAGGAAACCUGACAAAGCACAUGAAGUCCAAGGCACAUAUGAAGAAGUGUCUGGAGUUGGGUGUGUCCAUGUCCUCAGUAGAAGACACGGAGGUGGACGAAGGAGACAUGGCAGAUGAAGGUCAGAGGUUGUCGGAGAAGACCUCCAGAGGAGCCGUAACUGAGCACCAGUUUUCUGACGCUGAUGAUUCAGAGGGUGGCGAGGAGGACGGUGAGGAGGUGGAGGACGAGGACGAUGAGGAGGACGAUUACGAUGGUGACUCCACUCCAAAGACUCGUUCACGCUCCACCAGUCCACAGCCCUUCGUCCUUCCUGCUCUGUCCAUCACAGCCGUGGCCUCCUCACACCCGUCCACCUACUCCACCCCAGAUCUCAAACCGCCCCUGUUUGGCUUCUUCACCACCGUGCCGAGCAUCCACAUCACGGCACAGGCUCCGCCCACUGAUCCCACAGAGAAGGAGCAGCCCAGGGAUUUCCAGCGUGGCCUGAAAAAGGCACAAGGGACUAGGUUGCUGGUUCCCCCCUCCUCGUCUAUGGAUGAAGACUUCCCUGACCUCUCCUCUCCCUCCUCCCGCUUGUCCUCCCCUGGACUGGACCUCUCUGGGUGUCCGUCACCAAACUCUCCGUCCUCUUCACCCUCGGCACGUCGGUACCUCUCCCCACGCCGUGACCUCUCACCUCGUGCCCGGCACCUUUCACCGCGGCGGGACAUUUCACCCAAGAGAGACCUGUUGUCUGCCGCAGGAUACAGACGGGACGCCUCCCCAAGGAGGGGGCACCUGUCCUUACUGUCCCCGCUUUCUCGACCCACGUCACCUGGAGGGCGAGACUACAAACGAGACCUGUCACCACGAGGUCGUCACAGGGGCGUGAUCAGACCCCUGUCUCCACGGAGAGGACUCCACCAAAACCUGCACCACCAAAGCCAGCAGGGCGGAGCCAGGAGCUUCAGGCCGAGUCACCAGAUGGGGGCGCUGGUUAAGGGAGAAUUUGUUCCAGCAGGAGGUGGAAGAUCCACCACAGACAUGGAGACAGAACUAAGCUCUGACUGUCCAGGAGACCAGGGGAGGAGAAGUAACCAGGACAGUCCUCCUCACCAGCUCCUCUUCAGUCACCUCCCACUUCACUCCCAACUCCAGGUUCGCUCUCCUUUCCCGAUGAUUCCCAUCGGAGGAAUCCAGAUGGUUCACUCCGUCCCCCCGUCUGUCACUGCCCCUCUGUCCCAACAGGGGGAGCUGUACACACCAUCCCGUCUGUCACUGCAAAAAAGCACAUCGGAGGAGUCGACCACCAGCGAGGCUGCUCCUCCGCCACAUUUCUCCUCCUUCAUGGAGAGGGUAGGACGACCAAGAGGAGGAGGGGAGUGGAUGAGGGAGUCACCGUCUCCUCAGGUGUCCUCGCCAGUCAAGGCAGAAGGUGAAGUCAGGCAGGAGCAGGAGGAGGGCGUCCAGACCUGCACCAAAGCCAUCGCCUCACUCUGCAUUGACUCUGGGGAGUCCACGGAGAGAGGAGCGAGGGGGGAGGGAGGAGGAGAAGGAAAGGACAAGGGAGAACCUCCCCCUUCUGCACCUCCUCCUGAAUCCAGACUCCACCGCCUCGGCUCUCCCUCUGUCUCCAUGUCUUCACCGUUGCCUCCUCCUGGGAUUCAGCACUUUAGCGGCCUGGACCUCAGGCCUCCUCACCCUGCCUCUCCUCACUCCUCCUCCUCCUCCUCCUCACCUCAGCCUCCACCCAGCCCGCAGCAGACACCAGGGAGUAAACCUGCACAGGUGGAGUCAGAAAACACAAGGAGGAGCAAAGAGGAGUCAUAGUGGGAGCAGAGCAGGAGAAACUGAGAUUUUUGAAAUUCUGUUUACUUUUGGGAUGAAAAGAAGGGAAGACGUGAAAAAAAAAAAGAUUUUUGCACAUUUACACUUUUUAUUAAAGUGGGUGAGGAUUUCUCCCCCGCUCUCACCCUCGUCUACAUCAUCAGACGUCAUUGUCCAAACUCAAACCUCAGACUCAGCAGAGGCUGUGAACACACACACACACACACACACACACCCAUGACCAAGACAUCCAGCCCUCCCCCACCCUCCCCCGUCCUCACCUGAAGGUGAUGGCCAUUAUCAAUAACCAAUAAUCAAUAAUAAUAAUGGAGGACAUUAAUCGGUACCGACACGUCGUCGACUCGUGGCCUUUUGUUUUUCUCCUUCUUUCCUGAUAAGCCAAUAACAGCAGGACGUUUAACUGUAAAUAAAUAAAAAAAUCUUUUUCUCUUUUUUCA